AAGAAUUUCGUAAAUCUCUGCAAGUUUUCUUUGAGCUCUGUAGAUUUUCCAUCACUGGCGACACUUUCUUUCUCUAAGCUCUUUUCUGAGCUUUAUAAAGUUCGUUAGAAAGUCUUACAAGCAAAGCAUAAGCUUUAUGUUUUCUUGGUUCUUCGCGCUCUGGUAUCCGUUUCUUCGUAGACACUCCUUGUUCGGUUGCAGGUUUUGCAGUUUGAACUUUGAAUUUGAAGCUCUGCAUCCCGAGGUCUCUUACUCUCUUUCGGGUAUUCGUUUUCUGAUCUCGGUGAUGGGAAAUUGUUUUAGAAAACCUAAGAAAUCGUCGGCGGAAAUCGCACCGUUCGAUUAUUACAGCAGAGGCUCUCCCCCCGUCAAACUGUAUGGUUCGCCGUCCGGCGCUGUAACCUCAUAUAUCAGAGUGGCGCUUCACUACAAGGCUGUUUCUUUGCACUUCAUUCCAUUCGAAAGCACGACUCUCGGUGCCGCCGACAAGCCCGUCCUGCAAUGCGGUUCCGAUACUAUAUCGGGUUCUGCCGAGACUCUGCUCCAAUAUAUCGAAGCUAAGUUCCCUCACCCUCCGUUGCUUCACCGUGUCUGCUCCUUGCAGCGUGAGAGGUAUCCGGCGAUUGUAUUGGCGACGACGCUGCAGCACAAGAGCAUGACGUGGCACCUACAGAGGCUGGUAAGGUGGGCAGAGGAUAUGGCUACACGUGGUGCUAGGAGGACCGUGGAUCCAUCAAUGGGGAGCCCUCGGAUGGAGGUCAGGAAGUUCGGGAGGAGCUACUCGCAGCUGCUGGAGGUGAUGCUGGAGCACGCUCAGAUGGAGGAGAGGAUCAUCUUCCCCAUCUUGGAGAAAGCUGAUCGAGGGUUGAGUAAAGCCGCGAAUGAGGAACACGCGAGGGACUUGCCUAUCAUGAAUGGCAUCAAAGAAGAAAUCAAGUCAAUUGGAGUGCUCGAGGCAGGGAGUGCUCCUUACCAAGAAGCCCUGUUCGAUCUCUCCGCCAGACUGAAAACUCUACAGGAGCAUUGCAAGCAACACUUCGAGGAGGAAGAGAGAGAGCUGCUGCCGUUGCUGGAGGCGGUGGAGCUGAGCAAGGAGUGGGAGCAAAGCAUGGUGGAGCAGUGCAUGGAGGUGAUGGAAGGGACCCAUUCUCAUCUGUUUCAGUUUCUGAUUGAAGGCCUCCUUCCUCGGGACUCCAUGCAGUAUCUGGAAAUGACAAUGAGAUGUAGAGACAAGGGACGUGUGGCCACGAUUCUUUGUACAUUGGCUAGUAGAAUCGAAGCUGGCUCGAUGUCCACACCGGAAGAUCACGCACCCACAUAAAGAUUGAUCUCAGAUUCUCAAGAAGACAAGAACCUGCUUCAUGCAAAUAUAUAUAUAAUAAGAGAGUGGAUUUUCUGCUUCUUUUUUCAUGAACAUGAUUCUGUUUCCAUCGAGUGCAGUCUGGCAUUGAUUUUCUGGAGAGAUUGUGUCCGAUGAUCUCUUGUAUGUAUAUAUGCAUAUAGUAGAGGAAUUAGGACCAAGAUUUAGAUUAGAUGGCUUUCAUGAACAGUGAACGGAGACUUCAUUGAAAAUCUGUACAACUCGAUCAGUUUUGGGCCCCCAAAAAACUUCAUUGAAAAUACAACAAGACAUGAGAAAGGCCAAGUGUGUAUAAUGCAGUUUAAGUCUGGCAUAUGCAAUUUACUGCUUUGUUUGCAAUUCAAAUUCAUUUGCGCCUAUAAA